AGUGGAGGCCCCGGAGGCUCUGGACAGCUAACGGCUCCUGCUUUUCCCCCUCAGUUGUACGGCGGCUGCAAGGGGCCAGUCAGCGCGCGCGGUGCUGGAGUGAGCGGGCCGAGCGGGGAGGCUGCGGCUCCGCGCGGGUAACAAAUUCAUGCCUUGCAAGACAGUGAUGGCUUUUUCUUUAGAAUUUGAAUAUGGAGGCCACAGGGACAGAUGAAGUGGAAAAGCUAAAAUCCAAGUUUAUGUCUGCAUGGCACAACAUGAAAUACAGUUGGGUAUUGAAAACAAAAACUUACUUUAGCAGAAAUUCUGCUGUCUUCUUGCUGGGAAAAUGUUACCAUUUCAAGUCUGAUGAACCCAGUGAACUCUCUCCAGAUGGAUCCUGCUUGGAUAUAGUCGACAAAGUCAUUUCUGGAAACGUAGAAGAGUUUCGUAAAGAUUUUAUUUCUAGAAUAUGGUUGACUUACAGAGAGGAUUUUCCUCAGAUAAAAGAAUCUGCUUUCACAACAGACUGCGGUUGGAGUUGUACACUGAGAACUGGCCAGAUGCUGCUAGCUCAAGGGCUUGUGCUUCAUUUUCUUGGUAGAGACUGGACCUGGCCGGGUGCACUGAACAUUGAAAAUUCAGACUCUGAAUCAUGGACAAGCCACACAGUAAAAAAGCUGACUGCAUCAUUUGAAGCAUCACUUACGGGGGAGAGAGAACCCAAGGUCCUGCCAAACGAUCAUAAGGAAGCACUAAAGAGAGACUGUGAUGACAGUGAAAUGAGAGAUGAAGUUUAUCAUAGAAAAAUAAUCUCUUGGUUUGGAGAUUCUCCACCCGCAUCUUUUGGCUUGCAUCAGCUAAUAGAAUAUGGAAAGAAGUCUGGGAAAACAGCUGGAGACUGGUAUGGUCCUGCUGUAGUAGCACACAUUUUAAGAAAAGCUGUUGAAGAAGCAAGAGACCCUGAGUUACAAGGGAUAACUAUCUACGUUGCUCAGGACUGUACAGUUUACAGUUUGGAUGUUGUUGAUAGACAGUGCUCUUCUAUGGGCUCUGAAAAAGCAGAUAUGAAAGCUGUAAUUAUAUUAGUUCCUGUAAGACUUGGUGGAGAGAGAACCAACAUGGACUACUUGGAGUUUGUAAAGGGAAUUUUGAGUCUUGAAUACUGUGUCGGUGUUAUUGGUGGGAAACCUAAGCAGUCAUAUUACUUUGCAGGAUUUCAAGAUGACAGUUUGAUUUACAUGGAUCCUCAUUACUGCCAAUCUUUUGUAGAUGUCAGCAUAAAGGAUUUCCCUCUUGAGUCAUUUCACUGUCCUUCCCCCAAAAAGAUGUCAUUCAAAAACAUGGAUCCUAGCUGUACAAUAGGAUUUUAUUGUAGAAACAUGCAAGACUUUGAAAGAAUUUCUGAAGAAAUAACUAAGAUGCUGAAAUCUUCAUCUAAGGAGAAAUAUCCCUUGUUUACUUUUGUAAAGGGUCGUUCUAGAGACUAUGACUUUGCCUCCAGUCCACUCCAUGAAGAAAAUGACCUUUUCUCCGAGGAGGAAAAGAAAAGAUUAAAAAGAUUUAGUACAGAAGAGUUUGUCUUGCUUUAAGGAUAUUUUACAGUAGGGUAUUGGCAGCUGUCCAGGAGAACACUUGCCCUUUUAAAAAAAAAUCACACAACACAAGGCAAGCAAUAUUGAAAUUGAUCUAUUUUCAUAAAGAUUAUAAUGUCGUAUAUGUUUGGUCUUUAAAAUGUCACUUAUAAAUGUAAUUAAUUAUUUUUGUUUGUUCAUUGCUAGUUGGAUGAAUAUGAUGACACUUUUUGCUAGUGAAGACAGACAGCAUUGUUUAGAGCCAGACACAAUAUAGUGUGAAUAGGUACCAUACAUGCCCUCCUUGAUAGCUCUGCCAAUGAGCCUAAGUCUUGACCUGCAGUCCCCACUGCUGUUCCAGUCCGAACAGUCUGCCAAUUAUACGGUGGUUUUGUGAUGUGGACAUGUCAUCUAGUUUUGAGACUACUGGAUUGUUUCCAGGUGUAAGCAAAACUUGAAUCUCGGGCUCCUGAAGAAAAAGCCUUGUUCAUUUAAUCUAUUUUGCUGCCUAAGCCUCUAUAAUGGUUAAUAAUGUAACCAUGAGAUACCUUUCUAGCAUUGCACUACUCAAGAUGUAACUUUGAUAUAUCAAUAGUAAUUGUUAGCUACAAUCCAGAUGCAAUUAUAUAAGCAGAAUUGUGAGUUAAGGUACUAUUUAGCAAUAUGAUUUUAUAAUGGCUACUCAUUAAACUUGCUGUUGAACCUUAAUAUCAGGAAUGAAUAUAAAGUAUUGGCUUUUCCCUACCAUUUUUAAAGGUUAUGUUAUUAAUAUUAACUGCAACCAAUCAAAGCAGAUAGACAGUUAUUAAAUGGGAGCAGUGUUUGUUUCCUGUCUCGACAAUAUAAUUGAGACUUCUGUUCCUACCCAGGCAGCUUCUAAAUCAGAGCAUAAAACAGCAAAUUGGGAGUAGACAGUAAAUAUUCAGGGAUAUGAUCUUCUGAUAUGUGUCAUUACUAUACAUUGCUUUUGGUGAUUUUAGAUGUAGAGAACAUCUAGCAAAUAAAUCUACAUGAACAGUUUCAUGCUUUAACAAACAAAUUCAGAAUUUAAAAUACACAUUUAACACUGCCUACAAAUUUAAAAAUAACUUUAUUAAAGGUGUGAGAUUAAAUGCAUGUACUGAUGAACUAUAAUGGUAAAUUUCUCUUGUUCGAAUUGUUUGAAUUCUGGAUCUAAAAAAAUAUUGAGGCAAAUACUCUGUAAUAAGGCAAAUUUUACUGUAUUGUAAACCAGCUAUUAACUUAUUCUAAAGUGCCAUUUAGGCACAGAAUGCACAAAUGUUGUCUACCCAAAUAAUAAAUAUUCUAUGUAUCACUAAA